AGCGGGUUAACCUUUUAAUUUGAUUGAUCCCCUUAUUACGUUGACUCUAGUUUUCAUGGCGUCCAAACUGCUACCAGUCCAAGCUUUUGCAACAAUUGCACGUCCUGCGUGCCGCCGCGCACCAUGCCUUGCCCUCCCUCUAUUCUCCUGCGCAAAGCAAGGCUCGCGACGAGCAAUGACCACCGAAGUCUCAACAGAGAAAGGAAUUCCAACACCUCCCGAAGCUCCUACUCCGCGAUGGCAGCAGACUCCGCCGGGAAUGAAGGCACCUGUUAGAUUACGAGGGCCCGAGGAAGGGCCGCAUGUUGAAGUAAAUUCCGAUCCAGAGAAGUUGGAUAGAUUCUACGUCCGGAUGCUGGGAGAGGGUGGUGAUAAAAUGCUUUCCGAGGAGGUCAAAUGGCAGGCCGUAACCCACAAAUCCUUCGAUCAGGGAAGAAGAGGAUUCAACGAUCGGUUGGCUUAUCUCGGAAAACAAUUGGUGACCCUACAAGCAACCCUCGCGCUCAUACAAGAUCCUGCUUCUUAUUCUCAAAAAUUACCGGCGGAUCCUUACAACCGGACUCCAUUUCAACACCCAUCGCUGGAAGGGUUAGAAGUAUUAUCGAGCCCUACCCUAGAGACCUUGAUGAGCAAGAAAAGGCUAGCAGCAUUAGGGAGACAGUAUGAGCUUGACGGUGUGAUGAGAUGGAUACCGAGGAAGCCCAGUGACUUUCAGCUGUCUGGAAUCAGCGUCGUCUUAACUCAGGCUAUGUACGCUGUCGUUGGUGCUGUGGCACUAGAGAAAGGUGGUGCGGUUGCAAACCAAGUAGCUCGGAAUCGCAUAUUGAAGCCAUUGGGAUUCCAUAUUGGUGCAAAUUAAAAAGGUUUGGAAGAGGUUUGAGAUGUUUAAUUGGCAUUCGCGCGGCGUUCUUAGAGACUGUUCAAUUUU